AUGUCUCCUUCACGAUCACGGAGUGCGAUCCUUCCUCUUCUCGCCAUCUCCUCACUUCUCCCCCAGUCCGCAUGGGCAUUUGACUGCAAAGACAUCGCAGCACAAGGCGUCCAUUUCAAUUUCAAGGAAUUAGGCGGCCCCCACAUGGUUCACUGGAAGGAGGAUGACUUAGAGCACGAGAUAUCCUACAAAUACAACUUCACCAUUGACCUGUGCAACUCGCUCAAAUGGCACAAAGGUGGCAGCUUAGCAACUGAGUGCCAUCACGGCUCAAGAGUUUGCGGUAUUCGCGAACUGAUAUUCCUGGAUUCGGAGAAGAACUCUACAAUCACACCUAUCGAUAUUGCAGGGACGUAUAAGACACAAACUGGUCGCGACAUCGACGCCAAGUUUGAGCUACUGCGCGACUCGAAAAGCAACUCUGAUGCUGGACGCGAGGGUGUCCGGGCCAUACUGAAUGGUGGUCGCUUCCCUUUUGAUGACAAGAAGAAUGGGGUCGAUCAGCGUGCUAUUGUGGAAUUUGUAUGCGACAAGGAACGCUCAGGUCUUGAGGGCGACGAGAAGGACAACGGUGAGACCGAAGAUGAACCCAAGGAUGAUGACAAGGGCAAGGAAAAGGAUGGCGAUGACAAGAAGGAGGAGAAGCUUAGACGGAGAGAAGACUCCACGAAGGGCAAAUGCGAGGACAGCGACAACAGUUUGCGCUUUUGCGGCUACCAAAUCGAACAGGCUAGCAAGGAUAAGACAGCCCGAACUCUACGCCUCGAAUGGCGCACCAAGUACGCUUGUGAGGAUGCGCCAACUGACAGUUCGAGUUCAUCCUGGGGCUUUUUCGGAUGGUUCUUCAUCAUCCUGUUCCUCGCAAUCGCUGCUUACCUAAUCUUCGGCUCCUGGCUCAACUACAACCGCUACGGUGCUCGUGGUUGGGAUCUGCUUCCUCACGGCGAUACUAUCCGCGAUAUGCCAUACAUUGCAAAGGACUUUGCGAGAAAGGUUGUGGGCACUGUGCAGGGAAGUGGAAGCAGAGGGGGCUAUGCUGCUGUGUAG